UAUGUUCCAAAUUGCGUCCAUCCUCCUUGCCACUGUUCUCGUUGUUCGAGGGGCAGUCAACGGCCCUUGCAGCGUCAAUGGUACACCCGGUGUCUGUAUAUCCACCUCCAGCUGCUCUUCUGGUGGUGGAACGUACGCCACUGGGUUCUGUCCCAACGACCCCACCGACAUCAAGUGCUGCUACAAAACGUCCUGUGGCAGCGGUGGCAACUGCCGUUUCACCAGCUCCUGCAGCACAGGCAACAUUGCCACCGGCUUGUGCCCCGGACCUGCAGACUUCAAAUGCUGCCUCCCUGCCUCGAGCUGCGCGCCCAAGGACGUGAACACAGCGACGGUCAACCUCAUCAAGGAGUUCGAAGGGUUCGUUCCCCGCCCCGCCCCGGACCCCAUCGGCCUCCCGACCGUCGGCUACGGCCAUCUCUGCAAGACCAGCGGCUGCUCCGAAGUGCCCUACUCCUUCCCGCUCACCACCACGACUGCGACGGCCCUGCUCCAGUCGGAUCUGAAGACCUUCCAAGCGUGCAUCUCGAAGGACAUCAAUGACAGCGUGCGCCUCAACGCGAACCAGUACGGUGCGCUCGUCUCCUGGGCGUUCAACGUCGGCUGCGGCAACACGGCGAGUUCUUCGUUGAUUAGCCGCCUCAACGCGGGUCAGAACCCCAACACCGUCGCUUCUGAGGAGCUACCGAGAUGGAAGUUCGCUGGUGGACAGGAACUUCCGGGUCUUGUUCGUCGUCGGGCUGCUGAGGUGGCCUUGUUCAAGACGGCGUCUUCGACUAUUGCUCAUCCUCCUUGCUA